AUGUUAACCUAUUCUAAAGACCAUUCAUCUGAAAAUCAAACCGUAUUUGAUAAUAUAAUUAAACACUAUCCUGUUUUGUUGGAAAAAUCUAACAUCCCGGAAAUCAAAAAUAAACGACGUAAGGCGGUUGAAGAAAUAAAAGAAAAGGUAGAAGCCGAAUUAGGAGUUAGAUAUAAUGAAGGGCAGAGUUGGAAGAAGAUUCAAAACAUAAAAACCAGAUUAAAAGCGAAGACAGACAGAAAUCAAACCGGAAACAAACUAAUAAAAUUGAAAGGAUGGGAACAUGAACUGUUCAAUUUUCUACAAGGAGAAUCAAAUCCUAGUAUUGCUCGGUUGCAAUGUGCUGUAGUGGCAGGUUGCCUACAAAGAAGCGUUGAUUACACUCCAACAGCCUGUGCUGAAGAAGAAACAAUAACGGACGAAGCAUCUGGAAGUUCAGGGCCAGUACUGAAAGCUACCACAAUGAAAGCCGGACCCAGUAAAGAGCAUUCUAAAGAAAAGGAAAACGAGGAUUACUGGAAACCGAUGAAACACGAUAUUUAUCAAUAACAGAGCUCCAACGUCUCGUUUUACUUGAACAACUACAAGUGUUUCGGCUAGCUAAGGAACUGCUACUUCACAAGAAAAAUAUUAAUGAAUCUGAUCCAAAUUUAUCAACUUUAAAUGAAAGUGCAGAAACUGGAAAUCCAAUUUUCAUGAGCCUAUUUCCAGGACAGAACUGACAGAAAUACU